ACAGACUAACACAGCUGCUACUCUGAAACCUAUGCUUAUGUGUAAGCAUAACCUGAACUCAGAGCCCCAUAUUGCACCAUGCCAGACUGGCCUCAUAGGCAUUGCUGGUCAUUAUAUAAAGGUCAUUUAUUUCCACAUAAAUCAUUCCAAUGAUCUUGGACGUAAAUGGAGGGUGGGGUUGGGACUUGCAUGUGUGGUUUGUCUAAGUAGCAGCUCACUGACCAUAACACAUUCCCAUCCGACAGUGCAUCUGGCUAAGCAUGCAGAUGUAUUCUUGGGAUCUUAGGAAACUUCCUGAAAAAAGGGAAAGUAAGGAGCAAGUGGGAGUGGGUAGACACAUCCCUCAUCCAAGGGAGUGGGUGCAAGGUGGAGCCGUGGAAGAUGUAGAAGAAUGGACAGUGACUGGAGCAGAUGUUUGCACUGGAAAGCUAUUGUGCCAAAACCUGUUAACUGGGAGGGCAAUGGGGGCCAAACUUUAGGUGACAUGACUCUAAGCCUGUCAGUUUGUGUGUGGCAAUCCAACAGUGUAUAAAAAUACUGUAAUUAGGGACACGGUAUAAAGGGUCACCCUUUUCCCUGUACGCUGCCUAUAUGCAGUAGGACAACACAGUCAAGCUUCUCAGGUAUUUAGAAGAUACAGGAGUUCUACUGUGAAGCUAGAAAGGUCUCCUGGGGCUGCUUCUUAGAUUCAUCACACAGAUACGUCUUCCCUAGAAAUAGCCCCAGGGAGAGCUCCUGAAAUCAUUUCUUCAAGAGUUGAAUCUGAUCUUCAGUGUGCACUAGUGAGUUAAUGUGAGCGCUGUAACCUGGCGUAGAGCGAAAGGAAAGGGAAAAGGGACAGCUUCUGUGGGUGGAAGGCUUUCUGGGGAAUAAGGGCAGAGAGAGGCAAGACUGACUCCCUGGCUCAUUGCGGGGGUAGACCAGGAGAAAAGGGCAGACAGGCAUAAGAGAAAGGACUUGCUAGAACUUUCCUAUGCCUGGGGUUGGGACACUCUGAUACUGGCUGGUGCUGGUAGUUUAAGCUGCUACAAGCUGGUAGUUCAGGGUGUCUUGCACGUGACCGACUGAUUAGUUCCAUCAUAUGCAACUUGUAAGAAUAGCUAACAGAAUGAAGAUGAACUCAGACGACAGCAGCGAAUCAGAGAAUGAUCCUGAGGGAGAGGAGGAAGAAGAGUUUGCAAAUGAACACAUUAAGAGACUGAGUGGAGGAAGAAAAAAUAUGCAUCAGGAUGGCACUCCUCAGGAGGGAGCUUUUGAGGCAGAGGACACAUGCCUAGGGCACAAGAGUGAACGCAGUUCAGGUGGGAAAAGUGAUCUGCCGACUGUCUCACUGAUUGAUCUGGAAGAACAAAUGACAGAAGACUGUGAAGCAGAGACCACUCCAAGAAAGAAAAAGAGAAAACACAGGCUGCUCUCUAUCAACCUGGCCAACUGCAAGUAUGAGAGUGUGCGGCGUGCUGCCCGACACUGUGGCCUAAAAGAAGUGGGGGAGGAUGAGGAGUGGACGGUGUACUGGACUGACUGCUCGGUCUCUUUGGAGCGCGUCAUGGAAAUGAAGAGGUUUCAGAAAAUCAACCAUUUCCCGGGGAUGACGGAGAUUUGCCGGAAGGACCUGCUGGCCCGCAACCUCAACCGCAUGCUCAAACUCUUCCCCAAGGAGUACAGCAUCUUCCCCCGCACCUGGUGCCUGCCUGCUGACUAUGGGGAUUUCCAGACCUACGGGCGCAUGAGGAAAAACAGGACGUACAUCUGCAAGCCAGACAGUGGCUGCCAAGGGAGGGGCAUCUUCAUAACUCGCAACCCAAAGGAGAUUAAACAUGGGGAGCACCUGAUCUGCCAGCAGUACAUAUCCAAGCCCUUCCUUAUUAAUGGCUUCAAAUUUGACCUGCGUAUCUAUGUCCUGGUCACAUCCUGUGACCCCCUGAAGAUUUUUGUCUAUGAGGAAGGGCUGGCCCGGUUUGCCACCAUGAGGUACAUCGAGCCCAGCAGCAGCAACCUGGUAAAGAAGGACGAUAUCUGCAUGCACCUGACCAACUAUGCUAUCAACAAACAUAAUGAAAACUUCAUCCGAGACGACAUGAUGGGCAGUAAAAGGAAACUAUCUACCUUGAAUGCCUGGAUGAUGGACAACAGCUACGACACGACAGAACUCUGGGAAGACAUUGAGGACAUCAUUAUAAAGACCCUUAUCUCAGCCCACCCAGUUCUGAAGCACAACUACCGCACCUGCUUCCCCAACCACAUCACCGGUUGUGCCUGCUUUGAGAUUCUGGGCUUUGACAUCCUGCUAGACAGAAAGCUGAAACCCUGGUUGCUGGAGGUGAAUCACUCUCCCAGUUUCACCACGGACUCGCACUUGGACCAAGAGGUGAAGGACGCUUUGCUCUGUGAUGCCAUCAACCUGAUAAACCUGCGAGCCUGUGACAAGAGGAAGGUGCUGGAAGAGGACAAGCGACGGGUGAAGGAGCGACUCUUCCAGGCCCACCAGCCACCUCGUGAAGCCAGACGUGAGCAGUUAGAAAACAGCCAGGCGGCCUGGCUGGCCCAAGCGGAGAAGUAUGAGAACAUGCACCUGGGAGGGUUCCGGCGCAUUUAUCCUGCGCUCAAGACAGACAAGUAUGAGCCAUUCUUCAAGCACAGUGGCUCCCUCUUCCAGGAAACAGUGGCUUCUAAGGCAAGAGAGGAGUGUGCCAGGCAGCAACUGGAGGAAAUUCGCUUGAAGCAAGAACAACGAGAGGCUACUACUGGGAAGAAGAAAAAGGAGCGAAAGGAGAACCUGCAGGGAGAGUCAGCUGGGGAGAAAUCCCGCAUCCGCAGCAAGGCCAAGGCUCCUCCCACCCGCCUCACCUACAGCAGCACCAGGACCUGCGACAGGAAGAUGCAGCAGAUGGUGUUUGACUCCAUGCGGCCCCAGGAGAUAGUGGAAGAUGAGGAAGUAGAGAGGAUCAAGGCUCUUCUGCAGCGCGAAAACCUCAUCCGGGGUCUGGGCAUCGUGGAUCAGCUCUCUCGGCUGCUCCACACAACUGAGCCCAGGCCUUUGGAUGUCCACAGGCCCCACAUCAAUAUCUCCGAGAGCCAGCCGCAAUUACUUCAGGAUGUGUUUGGGAACCGGGAGACACAGGGGUUAAUGACCCUUGUCCCCCUCUCGCUCCUGGGAGGCACAGUCCGGGAGUUAGGACAGCAGAUCAUGCAGCAGCCUGUGGCCAAGGCCCAGAUGCUGGGCAACCAGGGCUUCAUUCCCACCCUCCUGGGUACCCUGUCAGGGAUGGGCCAGAGCAUCCCCUACCGUACACAGUAUAAGCCACAGCAUGGCCUGCAGCCGCAGAAGAACAUGAGCUGGUUAGGAAGCCACACUCUGGGGACACCGAUAGUCACCGAGCCCUGUGCUCUGGCAAAGAUGCUGAAGGAGGGAGGCCGGAGAUUCUCCAGCGCCAGAAACAAGGUCGAAGGCCGUGAGUACAGAAUCGGGUCUGGCAUACUGCUGGUGUCAGUUCUAAAGCAUCCUCUCUUUUGGGAGACAUAACCCAACUCGGAGUUGCCUUCCAGAUAUCUAUGGCUCUCCUGUUCUCCCCAUUUGUAUAGUUUGGUUAGCGGGAGACUUUCCCUUGCCUGACUGGAUUCCCAGGGCAUUUUUUUCUGGCACAGCUGGUGACAUGGUAGAAGUGUUCCAUCUUACUUGAUUUGUCUCCUAAUUUCCAGUACUGGGCCUCUCAAAGGGGCCAUGGAUGUUUGAAAGGUCUGGGUGCCAUUAGUGUUUAGUCUCAUGUUCAGGGAGUAGGCAGGGAAAUCAAGCUCAGAAUCAGUGAAGACCCUCAGAGACCCGUAGAGGGUGAGUGUGUGCUGGACUCUAAGGGCUGGAAGCCAGUGGAGAUCUCUGUCCCUUAGGAGAUGUGUUCUCCUCCCCUGCACCUGCACAUGGGACCAGCUGCUGCAAAGUGAGCAGGGUAUAAGUUCAUCAGUGUUUGGGAAGGGGGGCAGCAGCAGCAGCCGCCGCGAUAGUGUCUGAGGAGAGCAGUUGUUUUAGAAAUGGAAGUGGACUGGGGGUGCCAUAAUGCCCCUUCAGACAGCUAUGGCCCAAGAGUGUCUUAGGGGGUCCCUGUGAGUGACAUGGCUCCAGGGUAUCGUCAAUAACCCUGUGUAUUCCCAACCAGACUCCUGAAGGAGUACCACUACUGAGGGCCCUGCGCCGUAGGAGGGGGUUGCAUAGACACUGUCACUGCAGGGGGAAAAACUCACCAACAGUAACUCUAGUUCUCCCACUGUCCCCUUCCCGGAGCC